AUGGACAUCGAAGACAUGAAAAAAGCCCAGAAGAGUGAUGAAAAAAGAGAUAAACCAAAGAAGAAACCAAAUAAAAGAGAAGAAAUCGAAGAGGAAGAGAGAAGAUUGAAUGAAAAGCAAAGUAGAAUUAAUUCGCAAAGCAUUGAUUAA